AUGGAACUCCUUCUCCAGCCUCUCGACCUCGACGCCGUGACCGAGUCAGGACUACUCAGCAACGGGCCGCUUUCGCCCGAUUGGCAUGACCCCCAUAUUCAGGCGAGUCUGAGGAUGAGGGUUGGCCAUGAACACUUCCCCUGGCUGAUCGGCAAAUUCCGUCGACUAGACGAAAUAAUACGGAUAGUGUCGAGUGUAUUGCCCAUUCGCAACGGAAAAGUCGACCUCCCAUCGUCGGAAACUGUCGACUUUACAUUUCUCAGGUUGGCUGUCAGCUUUACUGGGAAGCGGCAGCUUCUAGUCGAGGUCGAGAAGAUAAAUGAGAGCAUCUCAAAGUUCCUGGAGAGGGACCUCCGCUGUGCGCAGGCCACGCUCAUUGGGCCUGCUAUCAUGUCAAAGGGGCGCAAAACAGCCAGCGCUGAGACGGCACGCCCAUUCCUAAACCUCCAAUCCCAAGCCUCGCGACUAUGUAGUAUACUCGACCCGCUAAAGUGGCCAUGUUCAUGCGGCAACCAGCACCGUUGUGGCAUCGCGACCUUCUGGAGUUAUGACACUGCAUGGCAUAGGGAAGGAUCUCUGAAUCUCCUGCUGGGCAACACCGGACAGGAAAGGCUACUAAAAGUGGGUUUCAAAGAGGCCUCUGAUUUAGGGCCGGGUGAAGGAGCCACCGCCGAAAAGAUAGAAGGGCGGUUUAAUAUCAGCCAAAUAUCUCAACUCAAGGAGGAGUUCCGGUCCGAGCCUGACUACAAAAAACGCAUCAAAAUGGGCAAAGAACAUAAGGUCGCUGCGCUCGCCACACCGUGCUUCAAUACUGUCCUUCUGCCUUUCAAACGAUCUUCGGAAACUAAAUGGCAACCCCGAAAGGCGAACAAACUAACUAUCAACAACACAACCUCAGCAGGGGCGGUUGGGGAUGCCCCUGGCCACAACGCUCAAUUUGCUUCUUCACCAACGCGAAGUGUCACACCACGAUCCUCCACGCCCGACGCCCAACCGGCGCCAGAGGAAAUUACAUGUGGCUUCUUCAGCGAUCCCUUACCGUCAAGAGAGCGUGGAUAUAUUAAAGAUGGGGACAAGAUAGUUUCCUUGAGAAUUGACACCGAUAAAUGCCUUGGUCAAAUUCAGGGACUUGGCCAAUUUUUGCACGCCAUUCCCUACUUGGACCAGAGAAUUCGGCUUAGUAUAAAGCUGGCAUACACCAUCCUCAGUCUCGGGACGUCGGUUUGGUUCCCACAACCCUGGAGUGGAGAGACUGUCCUCGUCUCGUCCGAGCAUCCAUCCGUUCCCUUUGUCACUCACAACUGUAUUCGCGAAGCUCUCCAUCGGACCAAGCCACCCUCCAGACCUCACGCCGAGAUGGCCGUUCUGACGGUGGGCAUUGUCCUUCUCCAGCUCAUAUUUCAGCAGACAAUAGAAGAGCAGCCCUUCUUCGAUAGGUACCGCUUUAGCGGAGAGGUGACGGAGUGGACUCUUCGGCAGGCUGCAAUGAAGUGGCAGGAGCAGGUCGAGGUAAUGUACGGGAGUGGUCUAGCGGAUGCCAUCUCCCGUUGCGUGGCGUUUAAUUUUGCAGUCGACCCAGAUUUGGGAAAAGCAGAGUUUGUCCACGAGGUGCUUGAGGCUGUUGUAGAGCCGUUGGAAAUGUUCAGUCUCCGGUUUUGA